AUCUCAAUGGCGCCGACACCUUUUAUGAUUGCAGUUAUUAUUGUUGUUGUUGCCAUUGUUGCUAGUCCAGCAAUGGCAACUGAUCAUUGGGUUGGUGAUGAUCAAGGUUGGAAACUCGAUUUUAAUUACACAGCUUGGGCUGCUACGAAACAGUUCCACGUUGGAGAUAAGCUCAUAUUCAAGUACAAGAAAGACGUUCACAACGUGUAUAAAGCAGAUCAAGAAGCCUUCAAAAGCUGUACACCAAGUAGUGAUGUUACACCUUUAAUAUCUGGAAAUGAUGAGAUUUCCCUGACUACGCCAGGGAAAAAAUGGUACAUUUGUGGUGUAGGUAAACAUUGUGAAAAGGGAAUGAAACUUGCUAUUAAUGUUUUGCCAGCAGAAUCAGUAUCCCCUGCUCCUUCACCAAGUAGCCCUGGUUCAUCUUCUUCAUCUGCAUCUUCAAUUUCUCUCGAUUCCAAAUUUGUUGCUGUGAUUGUUGCUGCAUUUGCAAUGAUCGUUGUGAUCAUGACUUGA